UAACAUCCCUGGCUGCACAGCAGUCUGCUGUAUCUCUCUCUUCUGCACCAUGAAGAGAUUAUCCACCUUGGUGCUGCUGGCCUCAGCUGUGCAGCUUCUUGGCGCUGCUCCAGCUUUGGAGGCAGUAACAUGCAACCUGGAUGGUGGUGCUGCAGCGGCACGUAAGGCCAUGCAUUUCAUCGAUGAGCACCAUGAUCACGGCUACAAGUUCCGACUCUUGGAGGUGCAAGACCACAAGGUGGAAAAGGUUGACGGAGGCUGUAACAUGGAGUUGAAGUUGAACCUUGGGGAGACGGUCUGCCACACUGUCAACCCCAAACACUUUGAGGACUGCGAGUACCGUGGAACUGAUUCAAUAGCGGUGUCGGCUGACUGCACCGUAAUGAUGACUGUAAGGAACGGUGACGCCGCAGUCACAAAGUAUAACUGCACCACGGAACAAGCAUUAUCUCCUGAAGAGAUGGUGAUGACUUGCCCUGACUGUCCCACGCUGAUCCCACUCACCAGCCCUGAGGGUCUCAUGUCUGUUAAUCAAGCCGUAAAAGAAUUCAACAAGAACGCCACCCUACAGAGAGAAUACAUCCUGCAGGAAGUGGGGCGGCUACGUUCUGGGUACGUCAUGAUGGCGGGGAUGUACUUCUAUGCUGAAUUUGUUUUAGUGGAGAGUCAUUGCCCGAAGAACUCCAGAAUCCUUACUGCCGCAUGCAAUCCCCUCUGCCCUGACAGAGCU